UGUAUGUUGAAAUGAAUGACCUAAGUUUGUAAGGCGGCCUGUACAAACUUGCUGUUCUUGUAUUUAAAACGUACUCAAGAGUCUGAUGUAUGGUUUACUUUUCAGGAGUUUUCCCACUAAAAUAUUGGAGUCACUUGUGGUAAUAGUCAACAAAUGUUUCAGACUUGCGUCUUAGAUGAAACGCUUGAAAAUUCUAGGUCUCACAGAAUUCCUCUUCCUAACCACUGCAAGGUUAUCCUACACUAAUAUGGCAGGUUUUUUAUUAGGAAGCGGAAUCUGUUUAAAUCAUUAAGUUGUCGUUCCAAACGUUUGUCAUCUUUGAACAAUGGCCACCGUGUCUAAACACAAGAAAGUGAGGAUCAUGAAACAGAAGUUGAAACUUUUUCGAGCCAAUGAACCAUUAAAAAGUGUACUGAUGUGGGGCAUAAAUUAUUCGUUUUCCGCUCUAAAUCAUGUGAAGCAACGUGCACUGUUAUUGAAAGACGAUUUCAAAGCAUAUAUGAAAGUGAAGGUUAAUAACCACCAUUUUAACAAGGAGAAUAUGCCUAGUAGAUUCAAGUUUAAGGAGUACUGCCCAAUGGUGUUCAAGUCAUUACGAGAUCGAUUUGGAGUUGACAAGAUGGACUAUUGGGACUCUUUCACCAGACACCAACCAUUGUGGGAUAGUACGCGUGGAAAAUCUGGAUCGAAAUUUCUAGUCACGUAUAACCGACAAUUUGUAGCCAAAACAAUCAGUUCAGAAGAAGUUGAACAAAUGCAUCAAAUGUUAGAAGAAUAUUAUUCUUACAUUGUCAAAGGACACGGCCAAACACUGCUUCCUCAAUUUCUUGGACUUUAUCGACUUACAGUGAAUGAUCAGGAGUCGUAUAUCUUAGUAAUGAGGAAUGUGUUCAGCCCAAGACUUGCGAUUCACAAGAAAUAUGAUUUGAAGAAUAUUCUGUAUUCAAGUCAUCAUGUGAAACGUUCUGUAAGUAUUCAUUCCUUCGUCGCUCAUGGGUCGACUGAAUUGCCGAGUUCCAAGACCAACAUUGACAAUCCUGUGACAGUUUUAAACAAGGAGCAUAAACGUCGUCUACGGAUUAAAAAGCAUUCGUUUCAAAGUACCACAGGUUCGAAGCCCUUGCCAACUCUGAAAGAUGCAGAUUUUCUAACAGAUUUGUGCAAAAUGCAUAUUGGUGAAGAGUCUAAAAAGAAGAUGUUGAGUACUCUGGAAUGUGAUAUACAAUUCUUACAGGAGAACAAUCUGAUCGACUACAGCCUUCUUAUUGGGGUGCAUAAUCCUGAGAUUGCAUUGGCUAAUUCAAUGAGGAUGCUGGUGAUGACGGUGAAGGGACUGGUGGUGGUGUGUUGGAGCCUAACAGUCGAGGCUUCGAUGAUAGGAUGGUGUCUGCAGGUGACGGUCUUGGAACACUUAGCUCACAAUGGCAAUGUGGUCGUUUGUCGAUGGCUAGAUCAAGUAUUGUGCUUGGUUUGAGCUCGUCAGCAGCUGCCGAGGCUGCUAGUUGUGGUGUUGGUACUGGGAAUGCGAGCACAGGUGAUGAUGACGAUGAAGAGGAGGACGGGAUCAGUAUACCAGAGAACAAUACACAAGUCCCUACAAGUGAAUUGACCCCACCGGAUAGUCCACCUGGUGCAGAAUGUCUACCUCAAUUAUUCUCAGGUGAAUUGCAUCCUACUUUGGAACAUUAUGGAAUCAAAAGUUCAAUUGAUUCUCCUCAUCCACUGAUCUAUUUUGUGGCUAUUAUCGACAUACUAACUCGUUAUGGGAUGCGUAAACGUACAGCGCAAACUUACAAAACAGUGAAACAUGGUGCUGAUGGUGGUUCUGUGAAGCCGGAAUUCUACGGUCGUCGUUUGUUGGAAUUUGUUGAACAGUGCAUUGACUGAGCGGAAUGAGAAGUCUUAGUUGACCUCUGUAUGAAUGUACGCAUCGUUCCCUUGCUUUAACUCUAUCUUUCUAUCUAACUGUGUAUGUAUGUUGUUUGUUGUAUCGAGUUCCUAUGUGUUUGUAUAUAAUGCGUGCAUAUACAACUAUUCAACUAUGUAAUUGUACACAUAGGGUGCUAAAGCAUGCAUACACACAUACAUACAUGCAUUUAUAUGGACACAAACACGUACACUCUCACACUCACAUAUAUUAUGGAUAAACAGACGGCCAUGGCCGUGUUACCCAAUUUGGUUCGAGUGUGGAAGAAUUGUGAUCAGAAACCUUGUUUUUUCUUUUGUUUUGCUGCAUUUUUAUUUUAUCGAGUACUUAUUUAUCUUUUGUUGAUUACUUUGUGGACACUUUCAAGUGUUCAGCGUGUGUUUAUGUGACUGACUUUUGAUUGAUUAGAUUGUUUCUUUGAGGAAUACUGACUGUGAUGUUGGGAUAGUUGUUGAAGGUGGACUGAUGUUUGAUGUGUGUGAGAUGAUAUAGUUAAAUGAGAUUGGUGAUUAAUUGUGAGCGGUGUGGUUGUGUUUAUUACAUGAUAAUUUAGUAUGAUGAAAAUGAAUAAUGAAUAGAUUGGUGUUGUUAUAUUAUGUUGAGAUGAGCGGAUUUUAGAUUGACAGUUAUCGAUGUAAGGAUAUUAGAUGAUAUCACAAUAUUAACUGAUUAUUGAUUUUUUGAUAUUUAAUAAUUUGUCGUAGUUAAUUGUUUGGAUGGUGCUUAUUUCUCGUGAAUUCUUUGUUGUAUUAAUACUUGUAUAAAGAGUAUAAUGAAUGAGGUUC